UCCAGGGUCACGUGGUCACGCUGCGCAUCCUUCGCAGACCCGGGCGGCGGACCGCGUCUUCACCACGUUAUUACGGUUUUACUGGCCAGCUCGACCGCCGCCGCCGUGUGCGGUUCGCAAGCAUCUCCCCGCAGCGCUCUCCGCAAUCGCAGGUUAUGCCACCCCAAAGGCCUCCUGGAUCCCCAGCCGUGAAAGAGAAGGGCUAAGCUCCAUUUUCCCCCAGAUUUCCUCUUUUUGGCACCCCACCUUCCCCUUCAUCCCUCUAAUGAUUAUUCCCCUCUCCCAACCUUACUAGCCCCUCCUGACUCCCACACCCACACCUGGCCUCCUGUCAUCAUCCACUCCCUCAGGACUUUUUGUCCAGUCAUACCACCUCCUCAACGCCAUACUUACUUCCUCAUCUUACUUUUUAUUUUGGCCACACUAGUCACACACUAAGACUUACCCUGCAGUCCCCUGCCCUCUUCAGAUCUGCUCUUUACCGUCUGGCUGCACACCAGGCCCCAUGGCUACAGGAGGUCAUGCCCCUGAGAUAGAUGUGUUGAUCAACCUACAACAGGUGGACGAGGAAGAUGAGGAAGGAUCUCUGGGGGAACAGGAAGCCGAGGAAGAGGAAGGGAACUGGGAGAAGGCGCUGUCAGUGGAACGCUUCAAAGACAUUAUCGAUGACUCUGCAUCUACCAGUGGAGACCGGAUGGGUCGACACUACACAGAGAAAGACUUUGAGUAUCACAGACACACAUUUCACCAUACGCACCACCCCUUGUCCACCCACCUGCCCCUGCCACAGCGUUUACGCAAGAGGGUGCACAGCGCGGACAGAAGACGCAAAAAGAAACGGAAGAAAAAAAAGACCUCCCUGCCCCCGUCUGAUGUUACACCCACCAUCCACGAGGUAGAUGAAGAGGAGGUGGAGUCUGAGACAGACGGACUGAGGGUGGCUGCCACGCCCACAGAACUACCUGACAUCCAACCACAGUUUAGUUUGGGGAGCCAAGAGGACUUGGAGGAGCCCCUUCCACCGACUACCUACCACACAGAAAACGAAGAUCAUCCAUCGUCGGGGGAGGUUGCGCGUGCGUUAAUAAAGGGGGCAGCUCAUAGUAGGGGAAUCGCUGUUCUUGAACCGAAUAAAGAGUUGGAUGGGGAAGAGGCAGAUUGCAACAGUGUUCCCUCAGGAUCAAGUUCAACUGUGCCCUGCGGCUGGUUCCGCAGGAAGCCUGUCCACCAUCGCCUGACGGGCACCCAGCGGAGCAACUACGACCUGCGAGAGCGGAUCUGCAUUGGCAGUAUGACCGCUCAGGGGUCCGCCAUCUACCAGCAGGUGCCCACUGAUGAGGCUGAGGCCCAGAUGUUGGUCAGCGCCGAUCUGGAUGACAUGAAAAGCCACAGACUUGAGGACAACCCCGGGGUAAGACGACACCUGGUGAAGAAGUCGUCCCGAAGUCAGGUGACCCGCACCAGCAACAGCACCACGCCGCUAUCCAGCCUGAAGAAGAGGAAGAGAGCCGAAAAGAAAACUCAUGAGUUGUUCGUGGAGCUGAACGAGCUGAUCGUGGAGAAGGAUCAUGAAAUGCGUUGGAAGGAGCGGGCUCGCUGGAUCAAGUUUGAAGAGGAUGUGGAGGAGGAGACUGAGCGAUGGGGCAAACCUCACGUGGCCUCGCUCUCCUUCCGCAGCUUGCUGGAGCUUCGUCGCACCAUCACGCACGGUGCCAUCCUUCUGGACCUCGAGCAGAACACUCUGCCUGGCAUUGCUCAUCUGGUGGUGGAGACGAUGAUCAUCUCUGAUCAGAUCAGAGCUGAGGACAGACCCAGCGUCCUACGGGCUCUGCUCCUCAAACACAGCCAUCCAAGUGAUUUCAAACCUCGUUUUCACCGCCACCACUCAUCCAGCAGUCUUCAUGGCAGCUUCAAUCACAACCACGGCCAUGACACCAAUCUGCCACCAGUGGCUGAGGAGCACGAUGAACAACCGGAUAACAAAGGGCCGAUAUACGACCCCAAACAAGAAGUGUUUUUCAGCCUGUUAAAAUCUCUCCACCCUCUGCCUUCCGAGAGCCAUCCACUCGCAGCCCGAUCCAUGAAACUGCUCGCCAAGAUUCCCAAAGAUGCUGAAGCUGUCAUUGUUUUAGUUGGCUGUGUGGAGUUUCUGGAGCAGCCAGCAAUGGCCUUCGUCAGGCUGGACGAGGCUACUCUAUUGGAGUCAGUGCUGGAGGUCCCCGUCCCUGUUCGCUUUAUUUUCGUCUUGCUUGGUCCCACUCAGUCCAACAUGGACUAUCAUGAGAUUGGCCGUUCUUUCGCUACUCUAAUGUCUGACAAGAACUUCCAUGAGGUGGCCUACUUUGCCGACGACAGACAGGACCUCCUUAACGGUAUCAACGAGUUCUUGGACUGCAGCAUCGUCAUUCCACCCUCGGACGUGGAGGGCAAAGACCUCCUGAACACGGUGGCUGACUUCCAGAAGCAGAUGCUUGCCAAGCGGAAGGAGCGAGAGCUAAACAAGAAACUCUCCACGUGCGGAAUGGUGCCGAAACACAAAGAGGUGAGCCCAGAGGAGGGUGGAGAGGGAGACCAGGAGGUGGACCCGCUAAAGCGCUCAGGGAUCCCAUUCGGAGGCCUGAUCCAUGACAUCCGCCGUCGCUACCCUCACUAUGUCAGUGAUUUGAAAGAUUCCCUUGACAUACAGUGCGUCGCGGCCGUCAUCUUCAUCUACUUUGCGGCACUGUCGCCCACCAUAACCUUUGGCGGCCUGCUGGGAGAGAAAACAGAGGGGAUGAUGGGAGUGACUGAGCUUAUUGUUUCGACCGCAACUCUUGGAGUCAUAUUCUCGCUGCUUGCUGGUCAGCCCCUCCUCAUCAUUGGCUUUUCAGGACCCUUACUGGUGUUUGAAGAAGCCUACUACAAGUUCUGUCAGUCUUACGACUUUGAGUACCUGACCGGUCGGGUGUGGAUUGGUUUCUGGCUCAUUGCAAUCGUCCUGGUGAUGGUGGCGGCGGAGGGCAGCUUCCUCGUCCGCUACAUCUCGCCCUUUACCCAGGAGAUUUUCGCUUUCCUCAUUUCCCUCAUCUUCAUCUAUGAGACCUUCUCCAAGCUAAUCAAGGUGUUCAAGGAACAUCCACUGUUGGCAAUAUACCCCAGUGGCCCCAACCCAGUUACUGGGCCUGGACAUGCCGAUGAUCACAUCAUCAACCAGCCCAACACUGCUCUUCUCUCUCUGGUUCUCAUGAUCGGCACUUUCUUGGUCGCUUUCUUCCUCAGGAAGUUCAGGAACAGUCGCUUUUUAGGUGGCAAGGCCAGAAGAAUCAUCGGUGACUUCGGCAUCCCUAUCUCAAUUUUGGUUUCAGUGUUGGUGGAUUACUCCAUUACUAAUACGUACACACAGAAACUCAAUGUGCCAUCAGGCUUUUCGGUCACGUCCCCUGACAAGAGAGGUUGGGUCAUCAGUCCCCUAGGUGAUAAGCGGCCUUUUCCAACCUGGAUGAUGGUAGCAAGUAUCGGACCUGCCCUUCUUGUCUUUAUCCUCAUCUUCAUGGAAACGCAGAUUACUUCGUUGAUAGUCUGUAAGAAGGAGCGUCGCCUGGUUAAAGGCUCAGGUUUCCACCUGGAUCUGCUGCUCAUCGUCAUCCUGGGUGCCAUCUGCCCCCUCUUCGGCCUGCCGUGGCUCACUGCGGCCACUGUUCGCUCCGUCACUCAUGUCAAUGCACUCACGGUCAUGAGCAAGGCCACGGCGCCUGGCGAAAAGCCCAUGAUCCAGGAGGUGAAAGAGCAGAGGCUGACCGGGCUUCUCGUGGCCGUGCUUGUCGGUAUGUCCAUGGUGAUGACGGAUGUGCUCCGCCUCAUCCCCCUGGCUGUGCUCUUUGGUAUCUUCCUGUACAUGGGGGUCACCUCUCUGACGGGCAUCCAGCUGUACGAACGCAUCACUCUAAUGGUCACGCCCGCCAAGCAUCACCCUGACCACAUCUACGUCACCAAGGUGAAGACAUGGCGGAUGAACUUGUUCACCAUCAUCCAGCUGUUGUGCAUCGUGGCUCUGUGGGUAGUGAAGUCGACUGUGGCCUCCCUGGCAUUCCCCUUCGUCCUCAUCAUGACGGUGCCACUGCGCCGCCUCGUCCUCUCUAGGAUCUUUGAGGAGCGUGAGCUCCAGGCGCUGGACUGUGACGAAGAUUCCCCCAACUUUGAUGAAGACGGACGAGACGAGUACAACGAGAUCCACAUGCUUGUGUGAAUUCAAAUUGGACCCAGUCGACCGGACGUCCUGCAUCCUGCAGCCCUGAACAAUCAGAGAGAACCUCUUUGGAAACCGCAGAGAGAGGAGUUUGUAAAACAAAAAUGCAAAAGCUAUAGCUGGAUUAUACUUCUUAGCUUUGUUUAUUUCCAUUUUUUUUUUAAAGAGCACACCUAAUGUUAGAUCUAUUUGGUGGUGGUCGUAGUAGUGGUGUUGUGUUAACCUCCCUGAAGAUGUUCUGUCAGAGACCAGUGAGUUGCUCUGUACACCCUAGCUGAAGUGGAAGAUGAAAACACCUAACUAACAUUAACACUAAUCCAACUUUUGACCCCUGUCUAUCACUUUAACUACUGCGCAGGUUGUGGGCAUAAGUGCAAUGAUGAUGGUGACCUCUUGGGACUGCAGCAGGAUGAUUUAGGCUAGUUUUGCCACUGAAUGUGGGAUAUCUGGUCAAUUUCCUCUCAUUUCAGGAAGUGGACGUUCAUCAAAAUGUAUUAUUGUUCAGGUGAUGUGACUCUAAACUGAAAAAAAAAAAAAAUCACACUGCCUUCUUAGUUUAUUUUAGGUUGCAAUGAAGUGCAAACAAGGAGUUAAGUAGUCAAUGUUCCUUUCUCUGCAGAAUUUUAGUAAUGAGCACUUUUGUUGUCUCUGAAGUCUCCCCUGGAAAUAAAAGCUCUGCAGAGACUGCAAGCCUUCUAGGGGUAUACUGUACUCUGUCAGGUGUUUAAUACCCUACAUACCAGUCCACUGACCUUAUUAUUUUGACCCUGGAAGUAUAACUAAAUAGCUAACAUGGUCUCAACCUUAUUUUUCUACUUUUUCCUAUUUAUUAUUUAUUUUGUGUCCACUGGUCAUUGAUCCUCAGUAAUGUGUAUACUCCAGAUAGCUUCAACCGCUAUAAGAGUUAAGAUAAAAAUUAAAAUAACACUGUGUAGACUGACGUGCUCAAACAGAAAAAUAGUUAAUGAUUCAUCCAUUCUUUCAUCUUCUCUCAACAGUGUUGUGCAUUUUAAAAUAACACACUUGACUGGAAAAAGUAUAGAAACUCAGCAAACAUACUGAAGUGCUAAAAUUGAUGGGGAACAGUUGAGUGUCGGCAGAAUUUAUGAAUGAUGCUUUGUACAGUAAGACUGUGAACUUGGAAUUAUAAUGUACCGUCUGUGCUCAGAGUUGUUUUGAAAUACCAUGAGAUUUAGUUUACACCUCCCAAUCUGCGAACCCAUUACAGAACUGAAAUGAUUCUCUGAAACCCUACGUCUGCCACACAGCGAGCCCCGUUUUGUAAGAGCUACUGUUCUUAAGUUUUUAAUAAGGCGUUUUGAAAAUAUAUGUGGUUUUACUGAGACCAGUAUGUUCUGACAUUCUCAACACUCAAAACACUUCAUGUUGGAAGGGCAUCCCAAGAAUGUUAUCAGAUUAAAGACCGGACACAAAGGAUUAGAAAAUUCAAAGGGAAAGAAGCCUUUUGUACUUCUCUGUCACUCUUCUGAUGAACAUAUUCAGUCGACAAACUAAAAUGUCUGAGGAAAUUGUGUGCAGAAUUCCUCAAGCUUCAAACAGCUUCCAUUUUUGUUCAGGUUGACUUCUGACACUGUGUGGCAGCUGCAGGGGUUUCUAUAAAUAGCUACAUUUGUCUAUUCAGCAGAUGGUUUUGUUCACAACCAACUAAAAUUAAAAAACAAACACUGAGGUGCUUAAAAGUGAAGCACUGAUUGUGACAUUCUAAAAGUAAAAGUGUAGCAGUGAAUUUAUUAUAUAUGGAUUUAUGUAUACUAAGACUUAGUAUAUGUCAUUUCACAUAACCAUGUCCUUCAUUACAAGCCAUGCAAGAACUGUGUCUCAGGGGAAACUGACCUUUGAUCUGUAAAUAUUGCUUCCCAGCCUUAAGUUUGUUGUUUUCUUUUGUGUACAUAGCGCAGUCAAGGCAAUCCAACAUGUGCAAUGUGAAAAUAAGGGGCAUACGUUCCAGGAUUUUGUGUUGCACAAAAGAAAGAAAAAAAGGUGGAGAAAAGAGAAUGUGUUUACUCCGCUGAAGUGACAUGUGGACUGGCUAUAUAAAUAUAGUCCAGUCCAUUUACAUGGAAUUUAAAUGUAAAUUAGGCCUCACUGAUGUGACGCAUCCACCUGCCGGAGUCUGUAUUUAAUUCUGCUGCUCAAAAAGUUAAUGAGUUGCUGAAUGUGCUUUACAUUAGCGCUCUGUAGCAGUUUCGUUUAGAAUUGGCCUUGCUGUUGAUUGAGCUUUUCAACCACGUGUUUCUGUUUAUGCUUUUACAAAGCAAGGAAUUUUUUUCCCAUUAUAUUUGGCCCCACUGUAUUUUUGACAUUUUGAAUGCUAAUGCAUGGCUGCCUAUGUUUUCAGGCACAUGAUUUUCCUUGUCAGAUUUAGCAAAGCUGAUUCCAAUUUAUGGAAGUCUUUACGAAAAAGCAACUGGGUGACCCCCAACAAAUUGAAGCAACCUUUCAGGGUUAAAGAUGCUUCGAGCACACUAGAAGGAUUACGUGUCGAUAAAAGAAAAACUGGCCAGCCGAAGGCUGCCAAAAACAUGCUCUAUCAAAUGUUCAAAUAAUAGGAAUGAAUGAAUAUGAAGAUUGUCACAAGUUUAAUUAAUUUUGGUGGGGUUUUUUUGUUUUUUGUAUUAAUUCAUUAAAAACGUCUGUCACAAUA